AUGUUAGAGUUACGUAUGGCGGCGGAAGAUACAUGUCCCGUGCCAGGCGCCGCGUCCAACGGCGCAGCAUCCGCGCCCCCAUCAGCAUGUCCAGACACUUUAGGGGAGCCAGCUGGCGCUCGUGCGCCGUAUGAUUGCGGCGUACGCCUAAGCGCGCCGAGCAGCUUGGCGGCGCAGCAGGGCGGGCGCGAGGCGGGGGGAAACGAGGAGGCGGUGACGGCGGGGUCGGUGCACCGUGCCAUCGUGCGACACGCGCACUGCUCGCUCGCGUGCGGCGAUCGCGACAACCUGUCGCCGGGCGACGUUUACCGCGCGGCUGCGAUGAGCGUGCGAGACCACCUGAUCGCGCGGAUGGAUGCGACGGAACGCGCUUACGACGACGCGGGGUGCAAGCGGGUGUACUAUCUAUCAAUGGAGUACCUUAUAGGGCGGAUGCUGCAGCUGGCAGUCACAUGCCUCGGCCUCGAUGAGCAGUACAGCGCAGCGCUGCAGCAGCUGGGGGUGAGCAUGGAGGAGGCGGCAGAGGAGGAGCGCGACCCGGCGCUGGGCAAUGGCGGGCUGGGCCGCCUUGCUGCAUGCUUCCUCGACUCCCUCACCACUCUGAACCUCCCCGCCUGGGGCUACGGGGUGCGGUACCGCUACGGCAUGUUUGAGCAGCGGGUGGCGGCGCUGAGGCAGCAGGAGGCGCCGGACGCGUGGCUGCACCCGUGGGGGUGCCCCUGGGAGAUCCCGCGCCCCCACGUGCGCCACCCCGUGCGCUUCUUUGGCCACGUGGCAGUGCGUGUGGAGGGCACGCGCACGCGGUACCGGUGGGAGGGCGGCGAGCAGGUGGAGGCGGUGGCGAGUGACAUCCCCGUGCCGGGCUUUAAGACCGCCACCGUCAACCGCCUCCGCCUCUGGCGCUGCGAGCCGCUUUCGGGCGGCUUUGACUUGUCCUUAUUCAACGCGGGGCGGCACGUGGAGGCGGUGGGCGGGGCGGCGAGGGCGGCGGCGAUCAGUGCGGUGCUGUACCCCGAGGACAGCAGCGAGGCGGGCAGGCAGCUGCGCCUGCAGCAGGAGUACUUCUUUGUCUCCGCCACGCUGCAGGACAUAAUAGUACAGCACGUGGCACCAGGCCGCCCGGUGUCAUCCCUGCCAGAGGCAGCAGCAGUGCAGCUGAACGACACACACCCAGCGCUAGCAGUGCCAGAGGCCAUGCGACUGCUGCUGGACGAGCAUGGAGAGCUCGGUUCUGCCUCGCUGCUGCACUCAUCCCCUCCCUUCCCCCUCCCCUCCCUGCUCUCUCCCCUCUCCCCUCUCCUCCCCCCUCCUCCCUCCUCGCGCCCACCACCCCCCCUUCGUCACCAGGACAUAAUAGCGCGGCACGUGGCGGCUGGCCGCCCGCUGUCAUCCCUGCCGGAGGCAGCAGCGGUUCAGCUGAACGACACGCACCCAGCUUUAGCGGUGCCAGAGGCCAUGCGGUUGCUGCUGGACGAGCACGGGCUGGAGUGGGGCGACGCCUGGCGGGCCACGGUGGCGCUGCUGGCCUUCACCAACCACACCGUGCUGCCUGAGGCGCUGGAGCGCUGGCCGGUGCCGCUGCUGCAGACCGUGCUGCCGCGCGUCAUGGAUCUUAUAUUUGAGAUCAACCACCGCCACCUGCAGGAGGUGGAGGCGAGGUGCAUGGGGGAGGGGCAACGCAUGGCACGGCUGUCGAUCAUAGAGGAGAGUCACCCCAAGAUGGUGCGCAUGGCCGUGCUGGCAGCCGUUGGAUCGCACGCCAUCAACGGCGUAGCGGAGCUGCACUCCACGCUGCUGCGCACGCAGCUGUUUCCAGACUUUGUCGACCUCUUCCCCACGCGCUUCCACAACAAGACAAACGGCGUCACCCCGCGCCGCUGGCUGCUGCUCGCCAAUCCGCGGCUCUCACAGGCACGUGAAGAGGGGAGGGCAAGGGGCGUCCGGGGGAGGUUAAGGGGCAUCUGGGGUUGGGUGAUCACCAAGUGGCUGGGCUCGGACGAGUGGGUGCGGGACCUCUCCCUCAUCCAGGGGCUGCGGGCAUACGCUAACUCGCCCGCGCUGCAUGCUGACUGGACCGCUGCCAAGGUGGCCAACAAGGAGCGACUCGCGGUGUAUAUCCGCAAGACGUGUGGCGUGCAGGUGGAGAGUGCUGCGCUGUUUGACUGCCAUGCGAAGCGCAUCCACGAGUACAAGCGGCAGCUGCUCAACAUCCUGGCGGUCAUCCACCGCUACAACAGCAUCAAGUGCAGCAGCUUUGAGGAGAGGGCGCGCAUGGUGCCACGGGUGGUGGUCAUUGCUGGCAAGGCGGCUCCGGGGUACUUCCGGGCCAAAUGCGUCAUCCACCUCAUCAACGCGGUGGCGGCGAGGGUGAACAGUGACCUGGACAUCAGCGGGCUGCUCAAAGUCGUCUUCCUGCCCAACUACAGCGUCUCCCUCGCCCAGCUGAUAGUGCCAGCGAGUGACAUAUCGCAGCACAUAUCGACAGCGGGCAUGGAGGCCUCAGGAACGAGCAACAUGAAGUUUGCGCUCAACGGGGGGCUGCUGCUCGGCACCAUGGACGGCGCCACCAUUGAGAUCGCCAACGCCAUUGGCCGCGAGAACGUGUUUGUGUUUGGUGCGCUGGCUCACGAGACGCACUCGCUGCGCCACUCGCUGCGCUUCCGCCAACCCAUCCACGACGACCGCCUCGUUCAGGUGGUGCGCACAAUCGAGGCAGGGGUGUUUGGGCCGGCAGACGACUUUCGGCCGCUGCUGGAGUCGCUGGGCGGCGGCAAUGAUUACUUCCUGCUCUCCCACGACUGGCCCUCCUACCUCGACGCCCAGGUGCCACUUCCCCUCGUCCUUGCCUUCACCCCCAGUUGCUACUUCCCCUCGUCCUCCUUCAUGCGGCUUCUUCCAUUCGAACUUGAACUGCUGGCCUCUCACCACUCAGUGGACACGCUCUUCCUCAACCCCACUGAGUGGUGCCGCCGCUCCAUUGUUCUCUUACCACCUGUCCAUCAUGCUUCCUCCUGCCACGUGUCAUUGCAGAUAGCAGCAUCGAUGAUGGGCCGAUUCAGCAGUGACCGCACCAUUGCCGAAUACGCACGUGACAUCUGGCACCUCCAGCUGGUGGACAAGGACCCGGUGCGCGCGAUCGCGCUGUUCUGGUCGGCGAUCAACGCGGGUGACCGCGUGGACAGCGCGCUCAAGGACAUGGCGAUCGUGAUGAAGCAGCAGAACCGCCCCGAGGAGGCCAUCGAGGCCAUCCGCUCGCUGCGCCACAAGUGCUCCGAGGUGGCGCAGGAGUCACUCGACAACGUGCUGCUGGACCUCUUCAAGCGCUGCGGGCGCCUCGACGACCAGGUGGCGCUGCUCAAGCACAAGCUCGACAUGAUCCGCCAGGGCGUCGCAUUCAACGGCAAGCGCACCAAGACGGCGCGGUCCCAGGGGAAGAAGUUCCAGGUGUCGAUCGAGCAGGAGGCGACGCGGCUGUUGGGGAAUCUGGGGUGGGCGUACAUGCAGCAGGGAAAUUAUGUGGCGGCGGAGUCGGUGUAUCGGAAGGCGCUGCGCGUGGAGGCGGACAGCAACAAGGUGUGCAACCUCGGCAUCUGCCUCAUGAAGCAGGCCCGCAUCGUCGAGGCGCGCGCGUUGCUCGAGUCCGUGUCGCCUAACAGCGACCCGCGUUGGGGAUCCGAGUCGCACAUUAAGGUGAGCCUAAGAUGCCUCUUGGUCUCUCGCAUUGCUUAUCAAAUUCGUUUCUCGCCCUCCACCCGUCCACCCGUCUUGCAUUCUGUCUCAACGCUCGUUUCCAACCUUCCUUCGUCUCUUUCUCGUCACGUGCCGCCAUGGCAGUCGUACGAGCGCGCGCAGAGCAUGCUCGUGGAGCUCGAGACGUCAGCGGCGGCGGCCGAAUCGGCCAAGGACGGCGCAGCUGCCAGCGCGGGCACCAGCGGCGGGGAGGACGCUAGCGCCAGUGACACGGGCGGUAAAUCCGCCGCCUCCGCCUCCGCGCCGUCCGCAGCACCCAGCGGCGAUGGGGUCUCAUCCGACAAGCUCCCGCAAGUCAAGCCCGCGUUUCGCGGCAUGGGUGGCAUGGGCAUGGGCAUGGGCUUGGCGCGCAGCUCGUUCCAGCGGCACUCGUCGUACCUGUGCGAGUUCCUGGGCGCGCCCGACAUGUGGGACUCGCUCAUGGCUGACAGCAGCGCCGCCGGGGGGAACGCAACUGCGGAAGGAGCGCCGGCAUCUCCACAAGGCGCCGCAGGCGGUUCUUCGGGCAUCGCGGGCAUGCAGUCGCGGGGACCGCCGGAUGCGCCGCCGCCGCAGAAGCAGCAGCAGCGGCCGCUGCAGGCGCAACUGCAGUGCAUGCGGAGGCCGCCAGCGACCGGCGCUAUGGCGCGGACAAUGAGCAUGGGCGCGGGGUGCGGCAACCCGCUCGCGCGCUCCAUGAGCUUCGGCGGAGCGGAUGCGCGCGGGGGGCUGUCGUGUCUCAAGCCCAACGCGCCCGAGUUCAUGCCCGGGUCGUUCGGCCCCAUUCCUCCCCCCGGCCACGGCUCCGCUCCGCCCUUCAUGCACGGUGCUCCGCCCCCGCCUCCCCCUGGCGACGGCCGGCGCACGCUCACCGCCUCCCGCUCGCUCCCCCCGUUGCAAAUUCCCACCGCGGGAUUCGCGCAUGCGCCGUCGUUGGUGUCGCCGCUGGGUCCCAUGUCAAGCGGCUCGCUCUCGUGCUCCUCGAGCUUUAGCGCCGCGUCGUGGGAUGACGGACUUAUGAUGUCAGCGUUCGAGAGUGACGACGACGUGCUCUGCGAAAUGCCCACCGACAGUUACCAGCCGUCUGCUGCGGCUAUCUCCGUUGCUGCGGGGGUCUGGGCAUCGCAGAAGCCGCCCGCUUCGGCGCACCUCGCUGCCGCAAUGCGCAAGGGUGGCGGAUUCCCCGCGCCCGGGCAGCGCGCGUUAUACAGGGGCACAGAGAACGUUCCGCAGUACAUGGCGGGGGGUGCGCCCAUCGGCGCGGGCGGGCCUGGCGCGCGGAGGCCGCUGGUGUUCGGGUGCGAGAACCCUGCGCCAAUGGCGGCGAAGGCGCAGAUGGUGGCGGGUGGGCUGAUGGGCGGGGGCAACAUGGGCAUGCAGUUGGGCGUGGAGAUGGGCGGAGGGAUGACGACGGUCAUGGGCGAGCGCACGAACCUCGAGCCCCCCGCGCAGUUCAUGGGCGCAUGGGGGGCUGUGGCGCAGGGGAAGGGCGCAUGGGGACCUGCAUGGGGAGUGCCUGGAGAGGGGGGAAGCAUGGGUGAGGGGGAGAAAGCCAAGGAUCAGCAGCAGGUGCAGCAUCAGCAGUCUGUGGCGGGACAAGAGGUGGGGGGAUCGGGAAUGAAGAGAAACAGAGUGCCGACCCCAGUGAAGGCUGCUGCUCCCAAGGGAGAGAGAGGGAGCGACGCGGAGGGAGGAGACGCGAGUGGAGCGCAGGAGGGCGGGCCGGUGGUGCCGAGGGCGCUGUGGGAGAUGCUGGGGUUCACAGGCAGCCCUGACAAGCUGCUGCUGGAGGAACUCAAGGCCACCGACAGUGCCAAGAAGCUGCUCGCCUCCGCUGGGUCUGCUGACAGGCAGCAGGGCAGCGAGCGACGCACGCUCCCUGGCGACAAGGUGCUUCGGUUCUUCAAGACAUUCCUCGGCGUAUUGGUCGCAGAGGGAAGCGAGGGCGAACGGGAGAUGAUGGAGGAGCUGCUGUGCCUUUUCUCGCAGUACAGCGAGGCGCGCAGCAAGGCCGUGCGGGUCAACGUCACCAGAGUGCUCUCGGAGGUGCUGAAUUCGUUGCCCGGCAGCUUCAGUCUGUCAGCCGACGCCAUCGUGAUCAUCCGCGAGUUCUUGCAUUGCCGAAUGGAUGACAAAAUCGCCGUCAUCCGCGCGUGGGCCGCCAGGGCGCUCAAGCGCAUGGUGACAUUCGAGGAAGAUGGCGGGGUGGACGUGGACACGACCAUCGGGUUAUUCCGCGAGAAGAUGAAGACCGAGUCGAGCUCCGAGGUGCGCGAGGCGAUGGUGUGGUCACUGCCGGAGUCCACGAGCACCAUUCCCGACAUUCUCGAGCGCACGGCGGACGUCAGCGAGCGGGUCAGAGCCGCGGCGUACAAGUCCUUCGCCGAGAGAUUCUUUCCCAUCGAAAGCUUCAGCAUCCGGCAGCGAGUGCAGCUGCUGUCGCAGGGUCUGGGCGACCGGUCGCCGACGGUGCGGUCGGCGUGUGUGGAGCUACUGUGUCGCGCGUGGCUGUCGCGCGACUGCGAGGGCGACCUGGUGCGACUGCUGCGACACGUGGACGUGGAGAGCCACGAGGCGGUGGCGGAAUCGACGGUGCGGGAGGUCCUGCAGGCGCACAGCGCGGGGUGCGGCGACAUGGAGCUGGUCGUGCCUGAAGGGGGGCUGCGUGCCGCUGUCAAGCAGAUGUCCACUCCUGCAGAAGGCAAGUUCUUGGAGGAAAUGUUAGGAGCCGAGCCACAUACAUCGAACCAGGCUAGGGAGGUCGGAGGAGGCAGCAGCAGCAGGGCUGCUAACGGCGGAGGAGGCGCUCUUUUGGCGCAUGCUGUGCCUGCACCUCUCCGCGCAGGCCAAUGUCAGUUCGCUCCUGCUCUUGCUUCUCACGUGCUUGCAUUUUUCCCACUUGCUGAAUUCGCGCUUGCUGUCGUUCGCCUUGAAGACGACGUGGGUCUGACGUUGCGUGUCCUCGUAUUGCUGCAGGAGAACGGAUCAAAUGCCGCAAUAUCCGCUGGCGCAGCAGCGGUGGUGGCAGCAGAAGCAGCGAGCGACCUGAACGCGCAGCUGGAGGCCCUGGUGCCAGCCACGGCGCAGGACUACCUGACGCUGCUGGAGACGCACAUGCAAGCAGGGUCCGAGGGUCGGUUCGCAGCGCGGCAGCUGAUGCAGCUGGCGGCGGUACUCGACUUCACCGACGCCACCAUCCGCGCGCACGCCGCCGCGCUCGUGCACCGCCACCUCGUCGGCGCGCAGCCGGCGCGCGAGGAGGCGGGGGAGGAGAGCGCCGAGGCGGAGGACGAGUGGGAGGAGGGCGUGGCAGACGGCAGGUGGGGCGAGGCUCUGCUGGGGCUGGCGCAGCGCGUGCACGCCUCGGAUGCUGACGUGCUCGCUGCUCUCGUCGACGCUCUGGCUGACGUCAGCAAGCCGAUGAUGGCGGGCGUGGCGGGUGUGGAUGGUGUGAGCGAGGGGCAGUGGCUGCGGUGCGUGGCGGCGACGCGCAUGGUGCUGCGGCUGUGCUGCAAGUCGGCAGGCGGCGGAGCGUUCAGGGCGUGGAGGAACCUGCGCGUUGAGCCGCAGGAGGCGCUCAACUGCAUCCUCGUCCCCGCGGUACGCGCGCGCGCUGCCCCACGACGGUGUGCACGCAUUCGCUGCACUGCGCCCGUGACUGUAUUCAUUCUCCGUGACCCGUGUGCUCAAACAUUAUUCCCGCUUCCUCCCUCCCCCCUCCUGUGCUGGCAGGCGUCGCACCCGUCACCACUGGUGCGCGCUGAGGCCGUCGGCGCGCUGCACGCCUUCGCCAUGCUGCACGCGCCGUCCGCUCGCGCCCACCUGCCUCUGCUGCACGCCGCCGCGCGCGACUCCGCGCACCCCGGCGUGCAGAUGGCGGCCGUGCGCGCCCUCGCGGACCUGCUGCUCUGGCACCGCCCCGCCGCGCUGCUGCCCGACAUCGUUGCGCCCGCCCUUAGCGACGAGGGCGAGGGGAGUGCGGUGAGCGGGUGCAGUGCGGGGGAAGAGGCGCAGCGCGCAGGAGGAGCGCGUGGAGGUAGGGUGGCGGAGGUGGCGGAGGGGAGCGUGGACGUGCUGGUGGGGCUGGUGCCGCUGGAGGGCGGACAGGUGGACAUUGAGGGGGUGAGGGAGGACGUGCAGCGCGCAGGGCGACAGGCGGAGGGGGAGGACGAGGAAGAGGCGGAGGGCGUGGUGGGCGUGGUGUGCGAGGGGCUGAGCAAGCUGCUGCUAGCAGACGCGAGCAGGGCCGUAGGGAAGGGCGCGGAGAGGGGGGCGGAGGGCAGGGUGGAGCGAGUGUUGCAGGUGCUGGUGCAGGUGUACCUGUGCCCGGGCGCCGCUGAAGACGAGCUGCCCAGGACGCGUCAAAUGCUAGCAGAGCUGUUCAACCGAGUGGCCGUGCUGCCAGCCUGCAAGGUGGCAGCGUCACGUCUGCUGCUGCCAGUGUUGCGGCAGUUGUGGCCGCGCAAGGCGGCAGCAGCAGCGCGGCAGCCUGCAGUGCGUGCCUCGCAGCUGCUUCUCUCCCUCAUGCUCGCUCAUGGCGCCCACGGAGUCGUGCCGCCUAAGCAGAGUGGAGAGGGCGAGGGGGAGAGGGAAAGAGAGAGAGCGGAGGAGGGAGAGGAGGAGGCCGAAGGAAGAGCAACAGGUGGUGGUGAUGGUGAGGGCGAGAAUAGUGGAGUGGGUGAGAGGAGCUGCGUGGAACAGCCAGCGGUGGGCUUCGAGUCUCGGGCUCUUGAUCUUGCUGCUGAGAUCCUAUCCUCCCCACUGGCCACGUCAGGCAGUGCGAGCGGGAGGGCGUACAGUGCGCACCUGGUGCACCUGCUGGUGGAGGUGCCGCUCAGAGCCUCCCAGCAGGACGACGUCAAAUGCCUGCGCUCGCUGCUCCCCAUGGUGGCGGAGGCAGUGCAGGGGCAGCGUGCGGCGCAGCGGCUGGUGGAGCAGCUGGCAGCGCGGCUGAGGGCGCUGGACGCCACUCCGGACGAGGAGCUGCCCUUGGAGCGCCUGGAGCAGCUGCUGCAGCGCGUGGAUGGCGAUGCAGCCAGUGCGUCAGAGGCAGGGCAGAGUGGUGCAUCUGCCAUGGAGGGAUGCUCUCCGCCAGGCAGGAGGCGACGAGGCAAGCCGCCAGCGCCAGCCCGCCGCACCUCCCCCUUGUGCAGCCCCAACCCCACCACACCGGUGCAGCGUUCUGCUCGCCCCUCACGGCAGUGCAAGGCAGUGGCCAACAGCCGCCUCAAGCAGCAGCUGGGAGGUCACAGCAGCGCCGGCAGACCCGCGGUCGGCGAGGCAGCGGUUGGGGAGAGUGAGGGAGUGGAUGCAGGGGAGGGGGUGGAGCAAGUGGGUAGGGAGGGACAGAGCACGGCAGCAGAUGUGCCGCCUGAGGCUCACAGCAGUGGGAGUGAGGAGGAGAGCGAGAGCAGUGACAGUGAGGAGUAUGGGAGUGGAAGUGAGAGUGGAAGCGAGGAGGAGUACAGGGCGUCAGUGGGCAGACACCAGAGGGGCGCGCGGGCACAGGAGCAGACUAGUGGGCCACGGCGAGUGGCGUCCGUGAUAGCUGCUGUGAGGAGGCGCAGGAGCAGCUGCAGCAGCAGUGGUGGUGGUGGUGGUGGCAGGGACGCGCCCAUCUCCAUCUCCACCGACUCAGACUCUCAAGACGUGAUCGAGGUGGUGGAGGUGGUGCCGGGGGUGGCAGGCACACACAGCAAGCGCGUGCAGCCCAAGGAGGAGGCAGAGAGCAUAUCUGAGGAGGUGGAAGAGGUGUUGGAGGAUGAGAGCGUGUGCAUGGCGGCAGGGCUCCACGCUGACAGCCCCAGUGUGGGCCGCACAGCACCAAGGGAUGACGCCUCCCCUGCAGCACGGGGGGCGGAGGACUCCCCUGCGGCGUCAGUGGGCAGUGACGCCACUUGCACCAAGGGCACAAGGGUGGUGAGAGGACGGCCGGGAACGCAGAGGGCAAGUGGGAUUGAGAAUGAGAAUGGGGUGGUGAGGGGGAAGGCGGGCAAAAGUGGUGAUGUGCCAGUGGGAGCGGAGAGGCGGCAGCCUCUGGCACAUCGCACUGCCCAGUGA